UCUUAAUAGAUCGCAUGAACUAAAUCAAUUUACUGUUUCAAUCAAAUCAGUACAAGUUCAAAGUUGCUUUCGAUUGGAGGACCGUUUCGGGUUCUUCACUUAUUGAUUUUUGUUAUUUCUUCUUUAAAUUCACGCUUUCAAAACUGAGACUGUUCUAAAUUCAUAUGUUUCUUGUGUGAGUAAAUUGACUGCUCAUCUGAUUUGUGAUUUAAAAGGAGAGUGAAGCGAAGUAAAGUGAAAGUGAGAUCGUUUCUGAAAAAAGGUGUAAAUCGCGAAUUGUUUUAUAAUUUUGGGUUCAAACAUGGAGAAAUUAUUGCUAAUACUGUUUGUCGUGUGUUUUACUAGUUUACUGACAGUGGAACCAAAUCCGACACAGAAUGAAACAACAACGAUCGAUAGACUCCCGGACAACUACCCACAACAGUACAAAGUGGCCGUAGGUGAUAGUACGAAAUUGACAUGUGCAAUCGAAAACUACGACAAACUCACAUCUUGGAGACGCCAAGAUGGUCAGCCACUGCCAAGCAGUGCACAUCUUUCCAACGGUGAUUUUAUGAUCGACUACACACAAAGAGAUGCAGCUGGGCUGUAUGAAUGCAUUGUACAUGAAUCACAUGGUGAAUACCCGAUUGUAGCAGUCGAACUUGUUGUUGUUGAAUUGCCGAAAGUAGUUUUUUACCCAAAAAAAUCAUUGACCGUGCAAAUUGGUGAGCGCGUUAACAUCCGCUGUGAUGCCACUGGUGACGAUCCAAUUCACAUUGAAUGGCACAACGAAGACCAUCGACCAUUCCCACCAAAUGUACGAGCAACGGGAAACAACUUGGAAUUCUUACGAAUUACACCCAACAAUUCUGGUCGCUACUAUUGUUCAGCAUCCAAUCCCAAUGGAGUGGUUACCAGAACGGCAGACGUGAUUGUACAGCAUAGCGAAAUCCCAGAUCUAUCGUCAGAACAAACGGAGAAUGGAAAUUGAUUUAAAUGCAAUUGAACGAGUGACAAGUCUAUCAGUGCAUAAAGAUUUUUUAUCACCAUACCGUUUCCAAUUUGAACCUCUUUUGAAAGUUUAACGAAAAUAACCAAUUUUCGAACAUUUUGAAUGUCGUGAAAAGUAGAGGAAAUAAAGGCAAAAUGAA